CACCAUGAGCAUGUUCUUCUUCACAGCUUUGUCUUUCUUCUUCCUCUGUAUCUAUGGUAGCUGCGAUUCUGUUAAUAGCACAAAAGAUGACCCAAUUCCUCCAUAUACCACCUCCUAUUACACUCAGCAGCUGGACAAUUUCAAUUCAAAUGACAAGAGAACUUUUAAUCAAAGAAUACUAACAGCAAAGCAAUACUGGAAGAAUGAUGUAUUGCUAUUUUAUCCUGGUAAUGAGGCCCCAAUAGAUGAGUUUUACAACAAUACUGGUUUUUUGUUUGAACUUGCAGAGAGAUUCCAAGCAUUAGUAGUGUUUGCAGAGCACCGUUAUUACGGAGACACUCUUCCCUUUGGUCCCCAAGAUACCUUCACUCCAGCCAACAUGGCUUACCUAUCUGUGGGACAAGCAAUGGCUGAUUUCUCAAGACUGGUGCAAGACAUAAGAGACAAGAUGAACAUAAAGAAAGUCAUAGUAAUAGGAGGAAGGUACAGCCUACUAUUAAACUAGACAAAUGUAAAACAUUAAGGAGGAAA